GAUGAUUCAAUGUGACGUCAUUGCGCGGGGUGCAGACAUAAUACAUCAGGUUUUAAUUUAACAGGUGAUCUCUAAAUGUACAAAGAAUUAUUUCAAUAUGACAUUAUGGUUUGUUCCACCUCACAUGCUGUUUUCAGAGUUGGGUGCAAUCAGUUUUAACACAGAACAUUUUUGAAACGAACUAGCAUGCAAUAUGAUGACGAUAUAAUAUUUUUCCUAACUGAUAAACAGGAGAGUGUUUCGCUAGCAACUAAUUAAAGGAAUAAAAUGUUCAAAAGCAGUUCGCGGGUACUCGUAAUUAAAAUCUUGCCACGCUAGACGUGGGAACUUGAACCAAAGGGUAAUGAUUCGGACACCGUUUAGAUGCUUAUCUGAGCACUAAGGUCUUUGCUUCUAGCACCCGCACAUCUUCAAACGAGAGAUUGUUUACAGUUAAAUUUAUCUUUUUGUACACAGAACAGGCAACAUACACGAUCCUGACAACUUUUUAUCUCCUAAUAAUAUGUGAAGGAUGUUUCAACCUGUGUGAAGGAAUAAUAAUUCAUGGUGUCUCCCAAGUUUAGCCCUUUUUGCUAGCUAUUAUUUCGUUCAGUGGAAUAUGGAACAAAAUUUCUGAAAACCUUUAUCGUAUACGUACAAUCGGAUCCUGAGACUUUUCAUCAGAUUGGCCGAAUUCAAACGUGAAGAUAGCAACAUGUCACCGGAACUGCACACGAGAGCAACAUGUAUAAGUGAAAACCGAGGAGAGAAAACCACAUGAAAAGGGAGCUCUUUAGGCACCUCAUUAUGUGAACCACAUGAAAAAAUAAGAUGACGACCCUAUCAAUAUGGGGAACACUUUAAUAGUGAUAUUUUUCAACAAUUAUUUUUAGAGGAAGUCUGAUACACGCGUUGUGAUGAGUCCUGACAUUUCGCCAGGAACGGGAGCUAGUGCGCUGCGUCCAAGAUGAAUUUCACAUAAUGAAUGUGUAAAUGUUAAAAUAAAUGUGUAUGAUUGACACUUUUCCGGAAGUGCAGUUACGAUUGUUUAUGUUUCGAAAGUCAGACUGCUUGAUUGAAUUUUAAACAUUUCUACAUGAUACUGCAUAUUUGUAAAUAUUACUGAAAGACCUGUAGACAUAUUUAUUUCGAGGAUUUUCCAAGUUGUUACGUAAAUUAUAGAACCGACUUUGGUGGUUUCUUUGAUUCAUGGUGGAGAGCAAGAAAUCCAUUCGAUUCUGAGAAAAAGAAAAUAAGAUAGUUUUGAUGAAGACAAUCAUAUUGGCCCCCAGAAAUCUUCUCCGGGAUAUUUAAUUGGAUACCUGCUGAAGUCAAGGCUUUUUUGCCAAGAAAAAUAAAAGUUUAUUAAGCAGGCUUCGGCACCGACAAUUUUGGUGGGAUUGUCUGACGUUGGAACUAAUUACCCGGAUGACCAUGCAAGUACAGGGACUACUAGUACUAUUAUAUUUCUAUCUCAUGUUCCCAGACAAUAUCAUUGGCCUGUGGUGGGCGGUAGGGAGUCCUUUGGUAAUGGACCCUAACAGCAUAUGCCGAAAAAGUCGAAGAUUAGCAGGAAAACAGAGAGAAAUUUGUCGAAAAGAAAUUGAAAUCGUUGAGGAAGUGGCAAAUGGGGCUAAAUUAGCACUGGGUGAAUGCCAGUACCAGUUCAGAGACAGAAAAUGGAAUUGUACAACAUCUCGAAGAAUGUUAUCCCGAGUUCUUAAAACAGAUACCAGGGAAUCCGCAUUUGUUUAUGCAAUAACGGCAGCCGGAGUAACGUUUGCAGUGACGGAGGCCUGUAACAUGGGCAAGCUCUUACAAUGUUCUUGUGAUAAUAGAGUUCAAGACAUUACUACCGACGGCGAAUGGGUUUGGGGGGGAUGCAGUGAUAACAUAAACUUUGGUUACCGAAAAUCGAAAGACUUCAUGGACGCUCGCAAGAGAAAGCGACGAGGGGACCUGACAACUAGAAUACAACUACACAACAACGAGGCUGGACGAUCGGCUGUUAAGCUGUAUAUGAGAAGUGUGUGUAAAUGUCAUGGACUUUCUGGAUCGUGUGCACUUAAAACCUGUUGGAGAAAGAUGCCCCCUUUCCGAAGUGUUGGGACGAGAAUUAAAGAAAAGUUUGAUGGUGCAAUUCAAGUUGAAAUAUCCAAUGAUGGCAAAGCCUUGGUAACUAAAUCUCAAACAAUUAAACCACCCUCUCGUGAAGACAUUGUAUACUCUGAAAACGCACCCGACUCCCGAUUCUGUCGGAGAAACAGGAAGUGGGGGUCGCUAGGAACCAAGGGAAGAGUCUGUGACCCCAAGUCGAUGGAGGUCGGAGGCUGUGACCUGCUAUGUUGUCAGCGAGGCUACAAAUCGGAGAAAGUGACACUGAAGGAGAAUUGUAAGUGUCGCUUUAUCUGGUGUUGUGAUGUGCAAUGUGAGACGUGUAUGCAGGAAAAAACAAUACAUAGAUGUUUAUAGUUUUCCUUCAUUGGAUAACGUCUAUAGUUUCUCUACGUUCAAGUGGCGAUGGACAAGCCAAAAUGCAAUUACGAAAGGAGACUUUCGAAGUUUCUUAUUAAUUUACUUUGGAUGAAAUAUGUGGUGUGUAAAGUGGUCAAAUUCAUAGCCUCAUCAUUGUACUGUUAGGGUUAAGUUUGACACUUUGAUUUUUUUCUAUAUAGUUUUUUUAUACAGCUCUGUGACAAUUAAAUAUUAUAAGUCACUAAGUUUUGAUGGAGAGGUUGUUAAUGAAUACAUGUCAUGGACUAGGACGAUUUUAAGACUGUACAUGUACGGAGUUGAGGAUCAGUAUUUUCUGUCGGGUCUUAAUGUUUAUGAGAUGGUUAUGUAUAUAUAUUUAUUUCAUUAUUUUUGUUAACAUAUCAUUGUACAUGUAUAGGAUAUGACUAUUAUAAUGAUUUUUGAUCGAUAAUUAUGUUACAAGUGUGUGCAAUAAUGUACACCUAAUCACACUUGUCUUUGACUGUUGCUGAAUUUUUGAAGAAAAAAAUACGAGUACAAUGUAUAUAAAACUGCAUAUAUGCUUACAUGUACAUGUAUAUAUAUAUAUAAAACUGUAUUAGCUAUAACAAUAAUGAUUCUUUAAAAAAUGUCAAUAAGAGACUAAUUCUGAGUGCUAUAAAAAUAAUAUAUAUGAGUAUAUAUGUUUGGUGCGCAGGUCAUUCUUAUAUUGAAAUACAAAGUUAGUAAUUGUCCAUAUAUAAAACAAAAUCUUUCUCAUAACUGAAAAUGUUAAUGUAGUGCCUUAAGAUCCCGCUACCACAAGGGCACUUUAUACUGUUAAACAGUAGGUUAAUGGUCGUAAUGAAGGUUUUGUUUUGAACGCAUUCUCGCUACUGUUAGUUUAGCUUACUCAGUACCAUUCCGCCUAUAUAUACUUCCAUCAAAAAUAUUAACUUGAAUUAAAUCUUAAACGUAAUAGAUCUAAACAAAAUAAUUAUAAUAUAACUAAAACUUUUGGAUCGUGGGAUUUAGUCUUUUUUGUUUGAAUUUAAUAAAUAAACCCUUUUAAAGUCGACCUAAAGUACGUUUUAUAUGCUUAUUGGUGCAGUAUAGUUUGAUAUUUAAAAUUGUUCUGCAUAUUGUAUGCAGUUGGAACGUAGAUUCUCCAAACCAUUUUGCCCUAUAUCAGUACAUAAAUUAAGAAAAAUAAACGUGUAUUUCCAAUGCUUCACAGAUUUCAUUUUUAAAUCCCAUCGUUGUUAUAAAUUUGAAUAUCAUGUGUAUGUAUUUGAUUUUUAGCUAUGAUAUCCUUUUGUUAAUUCCUCGCAAUUUUGCAUUUAAGUGAUAUAAAGACUUGGUUAUGCAGACAAAUACAAUUAUUUUUAUUUUGUCUUGAAAUCCGCUCUGUUUUUGAACAACCUGACAAUUUCUUUUUCAAGACAUAAGAUGUCAGCUAAGAACAUUCAUUACGUUUUGCAUCUGGCACUAUAUACUUUGCUAAGUAAUGGUCUAUUGUUAUUUUCCUUAUAUGUUUUGUAUGAAUAUAGAAUAUUGUAAUUUAAUGUCUGUGUCAUUGUUUUUAUACAAUAAAACUUGCGUGAAACGCAUAACUGAACAAAA